AUGCCACCAGAACAUCCUGUAAUCCACCCCGUCUUCGAGCCCAACACAGGCACCUGGCAGUACGUUGUCGCGGACCCAUCGACCAGCGAAGCCGUGAUCAUCGACCCGGUGCUCGAUUACGACGCCAGCACACGCACCGUGUCCACCCACACCGCCAACAACCUCCUCACCCUCAUCCACUCCCACAGCUACACAGUCAACCGGAUUCUCAAGACGCACGCGCACGCAGACCACUUAUCGGCCGCGGCGUACCUACAAUCAAAACUAGGCGCCGCACAAGCCCACAGAAACCACCGGCCGCCGCUGAUCUGCAUCGGGUGGCGCAUCGGCAUCGUCCAAACUCUGUUCGGCCAGCGGUACGGCGUGCCGGCCGACGAGCGCGCCGAGAGCGCCUUCGACACCCUGAUCGACGACGACGAGCAGUUCGUCGUCGGGCGCGCGCUGCGCGUGACCGCGCUGCACCUGCCGGGCCACACGCCCGACCACCUCGGCUACAUGUUCGGCGGCUCGCACGUCUUCUGCGGCGACUCGCUGUUCCACCCCGACAUUGGCUCCGCGCGGCGCGAUUUCCCCGGCGGCAGUGCGCGCGACCUUUACGCAUCGGCGAGGCGGCUGCUCGCGCUGCCCGCCGCCGUGCGCAUCUGGCCGGGGCACGACUACCCGCCGCCACCUCCACCGCGCGAGCCUGUCAGCUGGGCAACGGUGGCGGACCACCGCAGGGAGAACAGGCACCUCCGCGACGGGAUUUCCGAGGAAGAGUUUGUGACGAUGCGCGGCGAGCGCGAUGCGGGGCUGUGUGCGCCGAGGCUGCUGCACCAGGCGCUGCAGAUGAAUAUUCGCGCGGGGAGGCUGCCGCGGCCGACGCCCGGGUUUGGGGACCGGUUGCUGCAUUUGCCGAUGCGGUUGGGGCCGGGUGUUGGAGAGUGGUGA